AUGCCACUCCACUCGCCAUUCGGCUCACUGGACGGCGCUACUGCCCUUACCCUGUUUGCCAUCACUCAAACAGAAAACUUGGCAGAAACAAUCGAAGAACAUGAGUUGCAAAAUGCUCCAGUGCCGGCGAACCUCAGUGCAGGCAUAGCUUCCUUGUCCGCCCAUCUACAGAACUUCGGACCGGACUAUGACAUCCCACUCUUCGUUAAUCCCGACAUGGACAAACAAGACAUAAUCUACAACAAUCUCGAAGUCGCCUGGUAUAUCGCAGCCGGCAUGUAUUUCCACAAUCGAAUCGAUAACACCUUCAUUGAUGACAUGUCCUUUGCUGUGAAUGGGAUCUUGAUGUGUCUUCUCCGCGCCGAAGAGAUCAAAGCACAGGUGGAACCCGAUGUGAUGUACCGAGAUGAUCCCGUCACCUUUCCGGCUUUUGUGGCAUCCUUGAAUGCCAUUGACCGCGAUCCUUGGGUGCGCUGGUGGGACGCGGUACAGAGAUAUGGCUUUCCCAACGUUAAAGCACAGUGGGAAGUUAUUCAGAUUGUUUGGGAUAUCAUGGACAGUAUGCAGGAGAUUAGGGGAGUUGAUUUGAUCUGGGUGGACGUUAUGAAAGGGCGCGAAGCACGCCGUUUGUCGACUGUAUUUGAAGAGCUUGACUUCUACUGA